AUGAUCCCAUCCUCGCCUCGUCAGUACCGACGGGACUCGACCCCAGAAUGGCGUGAUCAGAUGCGUCCAUCCACGCUAAAGGACCCACUCAGGACGACAGGGCCUUGGCUCGAGUUCACCGGGCGGAAAACCGUGGAAAGGAAUCACAAAAUGGAUGCCGCCACUCGUUCAGUUCUGCCAAAGCAUGUAAUCCCUAGUCGGCUGGCCGAAAGAGACUGGAUGGCUCACAGUUUCACAGUCAAUCCGAAAAGUCUGUGCCGGUGGGCGGAUCUGCCUGGUCUGGUAGACCUGGAAGCUUUUCUCCGAGGCUGA